UGGCUGCAGAAGAGACUAAAGACUUCCCCCAUGGAACCCACCGGUGCUGGCAGUGUGCAAUACAACCGCUGGAAUGAGGACAACAUCAACAUGAACGUGGAGGCGUCGCAGUCCCCCAUGACAAGGCUAUAUAUCAGAAUGUGCACUGGCAAGAUUGGCAUCAUAGUGAAGGCAGCUGGGGCUCUGGCCGCAAUAGUGUCUGUCUUCAUCUUGGGAUACGUGACAGGAUACUACGUCCAUAGAUGCUGAUGGAACCCGC